AUGUCUGUUAUCGAACUUGGAGAGUCCGUACCUGCCUUGACACCACACGCCACAAGUGUUUCAUUACCAACUUGGAAGGACAAUGUUGGUUACGAAGAGGGUGACCAAAGGGUUUUGGAGAAAUUGACCACUGGAUAUCCUCGAUUCUUCAUUCACAAACUUAUCGUUGCAUUCGCCGAUGAUAUCGUCAAAGCAUAUGGCAGUCAAAAUGAGCAGGCAAUGCUCUUUCCAUCGCCUAAGACUGCUAGGAGUUGUGUGGCAUUUAUGCUUUCAAGAGACAAGUCGAUAUCUCCAAAUCAGCUUAGUGUAAUCGACUUAGUCCUUGAGCGUAAUCAAACCUCAUCAGAAGUCCUCACUAAGAUUUCGCCUUCUAUUUCUGCUGUUUUAUUCGCUAAGGAAUUGUUCCCAAUUGCGAAGCAAUACUGGCAGCAUUCUGGAGACGGUGUUUCUAGCAGAAGAGCUGAAUUUUGCCACACUCUUUUCCAAGAAGGAUUACUAGUGAAGAAGACAAGUCCGCCAAGUCCUAAGGAUGGUGGCAAGCUAUGUAAAGGUCCUAAAAGAUACCAGAAAGGCUCUAUAGACAAGACAUCUAAAAGCCACAACGGCUCAGGUGUGGGCGACAGCCAUCACUCCCCUAUAUCGCCGAUAAACUCCGAGGCUCGGGAAAGCUCGCAGUUUCUAGAGGAACGUUUUGGCCGAAAUCUUGACGUUUCUUUCGUGGACAAUGCAAGAUCGGCAAUUCGCCGUCGGAUCGCAGGAUCCCUGGUUGGUGAAGUUGAUUUGUCUGAGACUCCAAGCACAGACAUGGCCUCCAAUAUGCGUGGAGUCGCCGAGCUUUCCGAGGACGAUGUUUACCUUUAUCCUUGCGGCAUGAACUCGAUUUAUAACGCACACCAGCUGCUGUUGAAAACCAGAGGCUCUUUGAAAAGCAUAUCCUUCGGUUUCCCAUAUGUCGAUACUCUUAAAAUCCUGGAAAAGUUUGGCCCCGGCUGCAACUUUUAUGGCAACGGCUCUUCCGAAGAUCUAGAUGAUUUGGAGAAAAGACUGAAAGCAGGAGAGAAAUAUCUCGCUCUAUUUUGUGAAUUCCCUGGAAAUCCAAUGCUAAAUUGUCCGGAUCUAAAACGAAUCCGGGCAUUGGCAGAUAAAUACGAUUUUGCUGUGGUGGUUGAUGAGACCAUUGGAAAUUUUAUCAAUGUUCAUGUUUUACCAUUUGCAGACAUAGUCGUCAGCAGUCUCACGAAGAUCUUCUCGGGAGAAUGCAACGUCAUGGGCGGAAGUGCCAUCUUUAACACUGGUGGAAAGUACUAUCAAUCCUUGAAGUCUGUGGCUAAAACAGAAUAUGAAGAUAACUACUGGGCCGAAGAUGUCAUGUUCAUGGAACGGAACAGUCGUCACUUUGUAUCUCGCAUUGAAAAAAUCAACGACAAUGCUGAAGUUAUAUGUGAUAUACUUCGAACCCAUCCAUUGGUAAAGUCGGUUUACUACCCCAAAUACAACAGCUCGAGAACUUUCUACGAUGAUUGUCGUACACCGAACGGAGGAUAUGGUGGCCUUCUUUCAUUUACCUUCAAAGAGAUGCCUCAAGCAGUCGCAUUCUAUGAUAAGAUUGAAACUGCGAAAGGCCCAAGUCUGGGAACCAACUUCACAUUAACAUCACCUUAUGUGAUCCUAGCUCAUUACUUGGAACUGGAUUGGGCGGCGCAAUUUGGUGUACCUGCGGAACUCAUUCGGAUCAGUGUUGGUCUUGAGGAUGCUAGUGAUCUGAAAGCGAGGUUUGCGAUGGCAUUGAAAGCAGCAGAAGAUACAACUGCCUGA